GUAAUGUUCUGUAAAUAGAACGUAUUGUAAUCUCGCUCCAGUCCAACGUGGUUCCUCUCCGGAGCGCCGCUCGUAGGCUUGUGUAUGACAUGAAUGACAAACAGGACAGGCCUUAUGUGUGCGGCGCCCCAGGCUGCUCUCAGCGUUUCCAGGUAGAGGAGCAUCUGAUCAUCCACGGCCGCAAGCAUGAGAUGUCCCUCAAGUUCUCCUCCAUCAAGACGGAUACGGCUUUCACAGACCAGACUCCGACGCCAACCCGAUUUCUGCAGAACUGUGAAGAGGUUGGUCUGUUCAAGGAGAUAGAGGAAGAGUUUCUUCAAGCACAAGAAGAAGAGAAGAGCAAACAGAGGCUUUCUCAUAAUGGGCCGCCCUGUAUGAACCAGCAGCAGCUCAAACCCCAGCUUCAGCUCCAGCACCCACCCCAACCUCAGCACCCACAACCGCAGCCACCGCUGCACCAUCCUCAGACCCAUCCCCUGCAGCACCCACAUUCUCAUGGCCCCAUGAUGGGCCCCAGUUGCAGCCUGGCUGCCCAGCAAGCUCUGUCGUCCUCGCAGUCUGGUUCAGUCAUCACCCAGGCUCCUUCCACCCUCACACACUCGGGGCCAGUUCCCGGGUCGCUGUCGUCCCUCCUCCACAUGCGGAACAGACACAGACAACCGCUGCCAGCCUCCUUACCUGGCACCCUGCCAGACCCCGCCAUGCAAGGGGCAUCUGCUCAGCACAUGCCUAUAGAGAAGCAGAUGUCGUGUGUAAUGGGUAUACCAGGUCCAGGACACAACCCCUGCAGUUCCCCGCCCCAGAGAUCCAAACAGGCUCUCAGCCAUCAUUUCCAACAGCACCACCCAUCAAUGGUCGCCAUCAACAACCCUGUGACAUCCAUGGGUCAUAUGAUGGAGAUGAUGUCGCAGCGUCAACAGGCACCUCCACUACAACACCACCACCAUCAUCCUCAUCAUCAUCCCCAGCUUCAAACUCCACCCCUCACCUUCCAGCAGCGAUGCCAUGCUUCACCUCCGCAGAAUCUGGGAAGCACCCACGGCCACCACGCUCAGGGUCACCAGGCCCCGCCCACCCAUCUGCACCAGGGCUCGCCUCCUGCACCACCCAUGUCUCUUCCAGCACAGUUAUCACCAGUUGCACAGCAGAUGCAGCCCUCCCAUCCAUCCCACUCCCAGCAUGCAGUGCAGGCAGGUAGCAGCUGCAGCAGUGGAAGCGGUGGAAGCGGUGGAAGCGGUGGAAGCGGCAGCGGCAGUGGCGGCAACCGUCGCAGGAGGUCGGCGGAUCAGGACCCUGACGAGCGCAGGCAGAAGUUUCUGGAGCGUAACCGGGCUGCAGCCACCCGCUGCCGGCAGAAGAGGAAGGUGUGGGUGUCGUCGCUGGAGAAGAAAGCCGAGGAGUUGACGCACACAAACCUGCAGCUACAGAACGAGGUGACUUCCUUGAGGUCAGAGGUGGGUCAACUGAAGCAGAUUCUGCUCACCCAUAAGGACUGUCCCGUCACCGCCCGGCAGAGAGAGGCACAGGGGUACCCCACUGCAGGGGUGAGCCCAGGCGGAAGUCCCACCCCUGUAGGUCCCGGGUCUCAUCUGCAGGCCAUCCAACACAACAGCAUCUCCACCUCCUCGGCAGCUGGAGGCGAAACAGGUCGCGACCCCAGGCCCGGACGUUAGCCCUCACCACACAGAGGAGGGGAUGGGACUGGAUGGCUGAAUCAUAACAGACUGAAUUAACUUUCUGUCAAAACUACACUAAAGUCUCACUCAGCUGUGGAUCCAUGUGUCUUUACAUUGUAGAUGAAAUACUGAACUGGAUAGGUGAGUUUAUAAAUCCAUGUGAACACUGAGGUAUUUUUCUUUUCUGGUUGGAGAGGAGACCAGAACCACAUACUGAUACAUUUCCAUAACAGGUGCAAAAAUGACCUUUUCUCUGAAAGCCUUGUUAAAAACUGUGAUGGUUACAUGGCAACGGGAUCCUGUGUUUAAUAAGAAAGGGUUUCUGUUCACAGCAAUAUAACCAUUGCGUGCUACCCACUGACUAUGCACAGAAACAAUCACACAUCUUUUCAGUAUGUUUUGCUAUUAUACCUUGCACCAAUAAAAAAAGAAAACAGUCCAUAUUUUAGUUUUAUAUUUCCAACAGAGCAUCUGUGAGAGCACACCGAAUGCCUUCUCUUGUCAAAACUAUGUAUUUUUCUACAAAUAAUUCAUACUAAGACAAAAAAUAUAUAUUUUCAGUUUUAGUAUUGAACCCACAUCUGUUUUGGAAAGUAUUGUACAGUAUUUCCUUUUUUAAACUGCCCAAAGACACUAAAUAACUAAAACUGCACCUUAUGUCUCAAUCCCUGUCAGUUAAUAAUAAAAAUAUUCUGGUAUUUCCUUGUUUUUUUUUCUAUGAUAU